CACAGCAGUGGGUUGCCUGACCCGACACCGUUCUCGUACGCGCGUGUUUGCAACAUUUCUGUGCUGCGAUUCCUCCCGUAUUUCCACCCCUCUAUCCGCCGCCUGCCUCUUGCUGCUGCGGCUCGCCACACCCACGUGGUUGGGCGGCAUUCUACUACGCUCGAAAGCCCCAGCAAAAACAUGUCGAAGCUCACGAGCGAUCAAGUCUCCUCCCCGGUGCCUCGCGACAUCGAAGUAUCUCAGUCGCUGGAAGGCUCGCUGGCGCACAUCUCCAAGGUAGCGGAGGACUGCGGCAUCCUGGAGUCGGAGCUAGAGCCCUACGGUCGCUUCAAGGCGAAGGUUUCCCUUGACGUAUGCCGGCGGCUGGAGAGCUCCCCCAAUGGUAACUACGUGGUGGUGACAGGGAUCAACCCGACGCCUCUUGGGGAAGGCAAGAGCACGACCACCGUGGGGUUAACGCAGGCUUUGGGGGCCCACCUGGGGAAGAAAGUUUUCGCGAACAUUCGGCAGCCCUCUCAGGGGCCCACUUUCGGUAUCAAAGGAGGGGCGGCGGGGGGGGGGGACAGUCAGGGGGGGACUCCGUUCCCGAUGGAGGAGUUCAACCUUCACCUAACCGGCGACAUCCACGCCAUCACGGCGGCGAACAACCUGGUGGCGGCCGCAAUCGACACCCGCAUGUUCCACGAGAACACCCAGAGCGAUGAGGCGCUAUUUCGGAGGCUGUGCCCGGAGAACGGAAGAGAGCGGCGGUUCGCCCCGGUGAUGCUGAGCCGGCUGUCGAAGCUGGGCAUCGACAAGACAAGGCCUGAGGAUCUCACUGACGAAGAAAUCAGCCGGUUCGCAAGAUUGGACAUCGACCCUUCGAGCAUCACGUGGAAGAGGGUGGUAGACACCUGCGACCGGAUGCUUCGAAGCAUAACGGUGGGCCAGGGUCCCAAGGAGGGUGAGUCGCGCGGCGCCGUUCGCGAGACGGGGUUCGACAUCACGGUGGCCAGCGAGAUCAUGGCGGUCCUCGCCUUGGCGACCUCGCUGCAGGACCUGAGGGACCGCUUGGGAAGGAUGGUGAUUGGCAGGAGCAGACGAGGCGAGGCCGUGACGACGGACGACCUUGGGGUGUCGGGGGCCCUGUGCGUGCUGAUGAAGGACGCAAUAAAGCCCACCUUGAUGCAGACGGCGGAGCAGACUCCGGUGCUCGUGCACGCAGGGCCGUUUGCCAACAUCGCUCACGGGAACUCUUCCAUCGUGGCGGACAGGGUAGCCCUCAAGCUCGUCGGAGAGGACGGGUUUGUUGUGACGGAGGCGGGGUUCGGGGCUGACAUCGGCAUGGAGAAGUUUUUCAACAUCAAGUGCCGGGCCUCGGGAAACACGCCGCAGUGCGCAGUGCUCGUUGCGACGGUUCGCGCCCUCAAGAUGCACGGCGGGGGUCCGCCUGUCAAGGCUGGGACUCCUUUGGCCAACGUGUACAAGGAGGAGAACCUUGACUUGUUGCGGAGAGGGUGUGCCAAUCUCGCGGUCCACAUCACCAACGCUCUCAAGUACGGCGUAAAGGUGGUGGUGGGCGUGAAUGUCUUCUCUACAGACACUCCGGCGGAGAUCGAUCUCGUGAGGGAGCUCGCCCUGGAGGCCGGCGCGUUUUCUGCCGUGAAAUCGUCGCACUGGGCGGAAGGAGGAGCUGGGGCGGUGCAACUAGCGGAAGCCGUGAUGGGAGCGUGCGCGUCUACCCGAGCAGACCCGUCGAAGCCGUUUCGGUUCCUGUACCCGUCGGAAGCAUCCAUCAAGGAAAAAAUGAACACCGUGUGCCGAGAGAUGUACCGGGCGGCAUCUGUGGAGUGGAGCCCAGAAGCGGAGGAGAAGGUGGCGAUUUACGAGAAAGCAGGAUACGGGAAGCUGCCGAUUUGCGUGGCGAAGACGCAGUACUCCCUUUCCACGGACCCGUCGGCUAAGGGGGCCCCGUCAGGACAUACGGUGUUCGUACGCGAUGUGCGGGCUUCCGUGGGGGCAGGGUUCGUGUACCUUCUUUGCGGCGACAUUAACACCAUCCCGGGCCUUCCAACGCGACCGGGUUUCUAUGAUGUUGACAUCGACUUCGGCACGGGGCGUGUUGUUGGUCUGUUUUAAUGUGUUGAUGAGGAAGGGAGUCGCGUUUUGUUCAGUCUUCUGUUUUGGUUGACCUCCUGAAUUGGAGGUGGUUCCGACGCUUGUUUUUAGCGUUUUUCAGACGGGAAUGGUUUGAUCGCUCGUCUUGGUGUGCUUUAGACGAAAAGUGUUUGGCUUGAAACAUACCCUGAUAGACGGAUCGUUCUUACCCUUUUUUCGUUCUCAACAGCUGCUUGAUAUCCCAUUCGAUCAGCCUUGCUUACCGUUGCGGACAUGCGUCCUCGUGCCCCUCAUGUGGAUCUCCUACAUGUGUCGGGGAUUCCUUACGUCUCUCAUACUCAUAGCCUUGCUUGAUGUCCCAUGGACCCCGCAAACGGUUGCCUACGGCGUGGAUAUUGACUUCGUCAGUAUCACGUGUACCUGAAGUGUUCGCCGGGUGAUGUUGCUUGAGUGCUUGGGUCCUUGGGACGGAGAUCGGCAGCCGUUGUUGCCAGAGACAAGCCUUUUUUCACCCUUGUGCUUUAUUGCAUGUUCGCUUUUCACUUUUGGGAUAGCGAGACCGGCCUAUA